CAUGACUCUUAAAAUGGCAGACAAAAACUCUAUGGGCAAUCAUUUUGAAAACCAAGAGAAAACAGAUGACAUAUUCGAUGAAGAUAUAGAUGAUGAUUAUAUUGUAUCAAAGGAAUGGGAAAAGAUACAGUCAGGACUAUUGGAGGGUGGAUACAGAGAGGGAUUAACAUUAGGGAAAGAAUCAAAACUUCAGAAUGGGUUCAAUGAAGGAUUUUCAGAUGGUGCUCAGACUCUCUAUAAACUGGCAAAACACAGAGGAGAAAUAAGUGCAAGAUUAUCUUGCCAGUACCAAAACAAACAAGGCAUAAGUUCUGAAGAUGAAAAUGAACUGCAAAAACAGUUGAAUCAUAUAACUCAGUUGGAAAAAGACCUAAUAAAUGCGUCAAAAAGUCAAAAUAUCAAUGAGAUGAAAAUGCUGAAAAGUCAGCAAAUAUUUUGAUAUACAAUCAUGAAGCAAUGUGGAAAGGAUGAGGAAAAGGCAUUUAUCCAGUAAGAACGGUGUCUGAAUGAAGCAAAACAAUUCUGAACAUACUGUUAUCUGAGAAAUAUGUAUGUAGACAAUGUACUUGUUUACCUAGAAAAUGUAGACAAUGAUGGUUUAAACACAAUUAGUCAAGUGUAAAUAAUCAUGAAAUCUUUUGGAAGGUUUGCAUUAGAAGUUGUUAAGACUUAAGUAGCUGUAAUAAGACAAGGGUUAUUUAUUAAUAACAGUACAGCAGAAAUAUUUACAUAAAUGUCUUGAUGAAGAACUGUUUUGUCAACAAUAAAUAUUUAAUACUG